AUGGCAUCCAGUUUAAUGCAUACACAACAUCCGCUACCUCCAGAUUUAAACUUCUCGGACGGCUUUUGGGAUGACCAUAAUAAAGGCGUGGAUAUUAUUAUGAGUCGAUUAAGAAAAUCUAGAGAGACAUGUGAAGAGAUCAGAAAAAUUUAUGAACUUCGAGCCAACAUUGAACAAGACUAUGGUGAACGUCUUUUGAAACUAGCACAAAACUCAAGAAUUGGAGAGUUCGAAGAAAACACAUUUGCUGAGACAUUAUCACGGAUUCCUUCCGCCCUUGAAACAACAGCGAGAGCACAUAUCGAUUUGGCUCAGCAAUUAAAAGAUCACCUUGAGGCACCGCUGGACGGAUUUGUCAGAGAUCAAAAAGAUUUAAGAAGAGCACAACAACAACAAAUCGAGAAAUCAAAACAAUUUCGAUCUUUAUAUCAGGCUGAUGUUUUACGAGCUAAAGAAUGCUAUUCUUCUGAAUGCAAUAAAUUGAUAGCGUUGGAACAAUAUUUAUCAGAUAUAAAAAGUAAUACAAGACCAGCAUCUGCAGAUGAAAUAUUAAGAAUUGAAAAGGAAAUCGAAGAACAAAAGAAAAUGGUAGCCGUAGCAGAUCAAGUUUAUAAAAGGUCAAUAGACAAUUAUAACGCAGGCAACGAAACAUGGGUCAAUGAUUGGACCAAUGUAGCUAAUAUUUGUCAAGAAAUGGAGGUGAAAAGGAUAAGUUACCUUAGAAGCACACUUUGGUCAUUCGCUAACAUGAUGACAAGUACAUUCAGUAUUGAUGAAGAGUGCUGUGAUCGUAUUCGUACUGCAUUAGAGAUCACAGACGUUCAGAAAGAUAUUCAAACCUUCGUGCAACGUUAUGGUACAGGAAAUAGAAUACCUGGGCCGUUAUCGUAUGGACAACUUUAUCAGUUACCACUCAAUAGUGAAUCUUCAACUUCUUUACUACAAGCAACUUCACAUCAUCAUACCAACAAUGAGAGUAAUAAAUCAUUAACCGUACCUAAUCCACGACAAACAUCUUCAUUAGAUUCACUCCAUGAUACCAACAAUCCUAUUAACAUCACAAAUGGAUCACGCUCGGCAUCUGAUUCUUUUAUCUUGCCAAAGACGCAGCCACUUGUCACAACUAUAUUAACAAACCCUGAUGAAGAACUGAAAUCUAUCGAUCGACAACUACAACAAUUGGAAAUACAACACAAUCCUCAACAGCAGCAUGCUACUUCUGGAGCCUGUGGUACGGAUAAAGAACAAGACAUUCAUGAGAAUAAUCACCUUGCCACCUCUCCUCAACAGAUUUCAGUCAAUGGAGAUGCUAGCAAUAAUGACGCUAAUAGCAAAAAGAACAGCAAAGUCGACGAUGAUGUAAAGAUUGAUGAGAGACAACAAAGUACAUUAACAGAUCAGAGUAAUGGGCUCGUAAGCACUGCGUUUAAAGAAGUGGAAAAGAUGCUAAAUCACAACAAUAGUACUUCUUCUGCCGUUCCUGUAUCACCAGCAGAAGCAAUAGAAGCUCCUACGCGGGAACAACAUUGUAAUCCACCGGGGCCUUCAACAGCCGCAGAAAAGGGGCAACAGGAGAUUGGCUCGUCAUCAGGGCGGCAACCAUCUUUAUCAGCCUUGCAGCAGGCAAUGCAAUCCGGUGAUUCACGUCCGAUAUCAAUUGCAGAUGACUUUUCUAGUGGAAUAUACAAUGCUUUGGGUAUUAAAGAUGAUAGAACAAGCCAAUAUGAUCAAGUUAAAGCAGAAGGCAAAGAAAAAAGCCCUUCUGUUGCUCAUCAGUCAAAACCGUCAGCAAUAACAACGACGGCUGCUGGUGGUGCAACGAUAAAUUUCGAAAUACCCAUCGCAGCUAAACUUGAUUCAUCCUUAUCCCAUGAUAAGGCACCUUCCAUUACAUCCAAUGGCGGAAGAUCACAAAAAUACGCUCCUACCCCCAAUCCAGCUUAUCUUGCACACAAUAAGCAGAAAGAGGGCAAUCAGCUUACUGAAGGAGAAACAACAGCAGUAGCCGAGUCUUCGACUCAGCAGAUAACCACUAAUCGGCAAGAAACAAGUCCAGACCAGCAUUCAGGAGACAAAGGACAACCAAAGCCUGAAUUGUCAGACGACAGUAACAUUUUAUCCAAUAUACCGAUCAUUAAGAAAUUGGAUGAGAACAGUCUGAAAGAGAACGAAGACGAAGACGAAGAGGACGAUGACGAUGCAGAAUAUCAAAGAUGUCAUAUGCCUCGACUACCACCGAAGGAUGAAAAAUGGGUUAUUUCCUCCAUUCGUCGACCUCAGCAAUUACCUGUUCGCUCGAUAAAUGCCACAGUUUUUGACGGUACAGCUGCUUCUGCUCGCAAUAAUAUGACUUCGCUUGCCAAUAGUGUACCUAUGAGUAAAAAUAUUUCUCAGCAACAUCAAGAUGGUGAACAGCAACAGCAGCAACAUCAACCUAAACCUCACCGCCCUAUCGUACCCUUGACUAUUGAGAUUCCAAAUUCUGUUGUCGGUAGUAACGUACAGAAUACCGCUCAACAAGUGAUGCAAGAAGGUAGAAAAUACCCUCAAAUGUCUCCUGUUCAAAAAAAUCUAUACGCUUCAUCGCCAACACAACAGCAGCAACACUCUUUGAUGAAGCAUGGCAGUAAUGGUUAUAUAAAUCAACAGCAUGAUAGUAUGGAAGCGGACAAUGGUGGUAUUCGUCCUGCUCCUUGGCACGACGAAUAUACAGUUGAUCCUAUGACGAUGAAUAAUAUGACAGCAGCAGCAGCCGCCUCUGGUUUCGGUGCGUUAGAUUCAUAUCAACAACAGCAGCCUCCCCUAGCCAAUAACUUUCAUACCAAUAGUACUAUGAAUGGACUACCAGCACAACAGCAAAUGCAGUUGAGACCGGAUCUUAUGCUUGGACCGCGUGCCUCUUCUUUGAAGCUUACAGAGCAAGAAUUACAACUUCAACAACAGCAACACCAGCAGCAACUAUCCCAAUUGAGACAUUCGUAUCAAAUAGAUGAUGGCACUGUCGAACCCGAUAGAAAAGCGUAUACGAAUGGAGCAAUAGCAACAGCAGCAGGGGGAGGAAAUAAGCCGGCGAAGCAAUCAAAGCAAAAAGAAAAGGAAAGCUCAGGUAUAAAAACGGGCAGAUUUUCAUUGGGAUUCUUUGGCGGAAAUAAGAAAGAUAAAAAGAAGGAAAAAGAAAAGAAAGAAGCCACUACAGAUCAAUACCACCAACAGCUGCAACGACCCAUGAGCCAUCAACAACAACAAUUCUAUCAGAAUGGUCCUCGUGAAUUAUCGCAAAACGACGUCAGAAGCAGUUUCAGUGGCAGUGGCCACGGUAAUGUAAUGCAAGCUGGACAGCAAACAUUUGGAGUGCCACAGCAACAAAGCACCAUGCCUUCGACACCUAGCAACAACGGUAAUAAUGUCAUAAAUAGUAGGUUUAUUGGUUUUGCAAAAGCACAGUGGCCGUUCCAAGCAAGCAUUGACGGUGAAAUGUCAAUUGAUACAGAGGAAAUCGUAGGCAUUAUCCGUAAGCAAAUGGAUGGUUGGUGGGAAGCCGAAAGAAUUGGCUCUGUGGGUACAGGACAGAGAGGUUUAAUUCCUGGCAAUUAUAUGUUGGACAAUCAACCACCGCCACAGGGAGCAUCUAUCCAGCAUACUUAA